AGGAAAACGGCAAAUACCUCGAAAAUUUUAAGAGCGAAAGAAGAUUAAGAGAGGGAUUGGCGGUGGAAACGCGAUGAAGGAACACCGCCCCCGGCUCCAAGAUCCACCUGCGCACGCGCAUAGUCUCAACCGGGCCAUUUCUGCGGCUGCGUGUUCUGUACCUGACCCAGAGCGCGCUCAGAGUGCGCAGGCCUGCCCGGGGGCGAGCACGCACGCCCCGCCCCGCGUCCGGCCCGCGAAUCCCGAGGCGACUGGGCUCGGGUUGUCUAGGCGGCGGAGGUAAUGCCCCGGAAGGCGGGGAACCGGGAAGAGGCCGAGGAGGCCGCCGAGGAGGCGGGCGCCGAAGAGUACGGCCCUGAGGAGUACGGCCGGGAGGAGUCGGGCGCCGAGGAAUCCGGUCCGGAGGAGUCGGACCGGGAGGAGUCGGGAGCUGAGGAGGAGAUGGAGGCUGGGCGGCCGCGGCCGGUGCUGCGCUCGGUGAACUCGCGCGAGCCCUCCCAGGUCAUCUUCUGCAACCGCAGCCCGCGCGUGGUGCUGCCUGUGUGGCUCAACUUCGACGGCGAGCCGCAGCCCUACCCGACGCUGCCGCCGGGCACGGGCCGCCGCAUCCACAGCUACCGAGGUCACCUUUGGCUCUUCAGAGAUGCAGGCACAUACGAUGGGCUUCUGGUUAACCAAACUGAACUAUUUGUGCCAUCUCUCAAUGUUGAUGGACAGCCUAUUUUUGCCAACAUCACUCUGCCAGUGUAUACCCUGAAAGAGCGAUGCCUGCAGGUUGUCCGAAGCCUAGUCAAGCCUGAGAACUACAGGAGACUGGACAUCGUCAGGUCCCUCUAUGAAGAUCUGGAAGACCACCCAAAUGUGCAGAAAGACCUGGAACGGCUAACACAGGAGCACAUUGAAAAUCAGCGAUUGGAAUAGUAGGAGACUGAAGAAUUUAAUUGAAGUUAGCAUUCCUGCAUCUCAGCUUUUGAUCAUACUGAUGAGGCUUGAUCUAGAUAUAGGACUGGUCAUUACCCUCAGUUUUUGGAGUAAAAUAAGCUCCCAUUGCCUAAAAGCACGUUAACUGACUUCACUAGGCAUUGUGAUGCUUGGGGACAAAUGUUGGAAGUGUCACUUAAUACCUGCUCUUUUGAGAAAUACUUACCAGGAGAAAAUACUUGCAUUUUUGCCUCCUAGUAAGUCAGGAAAGUUUCAGUGUAAGGAUGUUUGUAUAAGUGAUCCAGUGGCAAUUGCAGCAUGUCCUUUAAUUGUAAGAAAAUGGCAGUGUCUGCUUUUAAGGGACAUGUGAUUGGGGAUGUGUCCACCUCCCACUUCGCAAGACUGAUGUCCUUGAGACAGGGACAGGUUUUCUCCUCUUUGAGACCCCAGUGCCUCGCACACUGUGCGCCUGACCGUGUUUGUUGCUUGAACAAACUGGUGGAUGCUUUGGAAGGAAGCUUUUGGACGGUCGGCCUCUUCUCUUGUUGGGGGGAAGGGAGGGAGGCCUUAAAGUGUAUGCAGUAAACAAACAUCCUAAAGGGAAUCAUUUCUAUAGAAAGCACUUUUUCUAAUUUUCUAAGUGUUGCACUUUUCUUUGUACACUCUUGUUGCAAUACUGUUUUAUUAAUGUUUCUAAACCAGGAUUGACUUUCCACAGCCACUGUGAUAAUAGUGUUUGUGCUUUUUGGUUUUGUUUCUGUUUUGUUUUUGGUAUUGGGAAUUUAACCCAGGGGCGCUCUACCACUGAGCCACAUCCCCAGCCCAUCUUGUUUUUUAUUUUGAGACAGGAUCUUCUGAAGUUGCUGAAGGUUUUGCUAAAUUGCCAAGGCUACCCUCGAACUUAGAAUCCUGCCUCGCCUCUCAAAUUGCUGGGAUUACAGGCAUAUGCCACUAUGUCUGGCUGAUAAUAGUGUUUUUGUAACUUGUCAUGUAUCUAGAAAAUAGCAGAAAAGAGCCCUCCUUAUGUUUAAUUCUAGUAUGGAAGAGCUCCUAAACUAUAAAUAAGUUGUUGCCAGGCAUGGACAUCUGUUCUUUUCUGUAAAUCCAUGACAUUUCUGUUUGGUUCAGCAUUCGCAUCAGCAGGACCUGGUCACACUUUUCCCUGGACUGUGGAGAGGCCAAAGCCCUCCAUCCUCAGGCCAGUUACUCCCAACAGUGGGAUCAUUGGAGUAGCCUGGAAUGUUUUAUAGUUUUAUGAAUGUUCACAUCCUUCUUUAUAGACUGGAUUUCAAUUCAGAACUCAAAUUCAAAACUUCAGACUUACGUCUUUGUAAUAAUUUUUUUAAAAAUAAUCCAGGAAAGAAAAAGAAAGAUCACUGUAGAAACACUACUUAAAUACAACCACCAUUGACCUUUUCAACUAUUUUUCUUCAGCCUCUUACAGGGCGUAUUUGGGUUGGUUGCUUUUGACAUAGUUGAGAUCGUAUGGUAUAUACAGUUUUGUAUCCUACUUUUUCAUUUAACUUCAUAAUAAAUAUUUUUCCACAUUAUAAGCUUUUCAUACACAUUGGUAUAGUCUUUCUUUAUAAUUAAUGUUAGGGGUAUUUCUUGGCAUCAUUAGUUCUUUUGGGCACAAUCCUAUGUUCUAAAACCAGAGUGAAGCUAAUGAAACAAAUGGGAAUAGUUUCCCUGUGCCCUUUAAGUGUCACCUAAUCUUAGUCCCCUCUUUCAACUUUCAACAAAUAAAUUGACUUUUUUUCAUUCAGUGACACACCUCUAAAUAUUUAAUUUUUUGUUGAAAUGUGGGGGUAAGGAAACACAUAUGGAGGGGGAGAGUUCCCUGUGCAGCUGUGGGUGGCGUGGAGUUGGACUGAGUGGAGAUUGAAGGAUGUCGGCCAGUGCCACAGUAGUUCGAUGUUGGUUUUAUUUUUUUAAACCUGUCUUUGGUCAAAAUGGCUUUCACAUUCCUCUCAUGAGAACACACAGAUUGAGUACUGUGUUUUUUGUGUUGUCCAAGAUUGAAAAUGUGUAGCAUGAGUCAUGUAUGUUUUUCACUUGGAAUCCUGUGAAUGUAUUAAACGUAUUGUUCUUAAGAGA